AUGGACGAAGUUGCUUCUAACGCGGAACCAAAGUCAAUUGCGACGUCGCUUGAAGUCGAGCAGCUCGACAAGAAUCUCUUUCGUUCAAAGACAUUGUGGUUGCCAAAGAAUGCGCGUGGCGUAUUUGGGGGUCAAGUUGCGCAAGUUGGAAGGGGCCAAGUCAUCUCGCAAGCUGUAGUUUCUGCAACAAACUGUGUAGAUCCUGAAUAUCACCUUCAUUCUCUGCACUCCUAUUUUAUUCUCAGCGCAACUCCAUCAAUUCCUGUCCUUUACUAUGUCGAGCGUCUGCGGGAUGGACGGUCCUACGCUACUCGCUCUGUCAAGGCGUUCCAAAACGGAAAACUAGUGUUCACAAUGACCUGCUCGUUUCAAAAAGACGAGCCAGGCCAGCCUAUCCAUCAACGAGCCAUGCCUCCUGGCGUACCGUCACCGGAUGCGUGCAAACUGGUUGAAGACGUGCUCGAGGAGAGACUCGCAGAUCCAAGAAUACCCGAGUACAUUAAGCCAUGGAUCAAGGAGAAUGCUAUUGAGCGACGAAUGAGUCCCGUGGCCGUCAAAGACACGCCAAUCUUCCGUUCACAAGACGGAAUCCUCAAUCAGGCGUUUUGGAUGAAAGCAAAGUCGAUCCCAAAGUACGAAUUACCAUUCCAGCGGUGCAUCCUGUCCUACAUGUCCGACCUGCGUCUUCUUGGGAUUGCAGCAACCGAACUUGGUCUAUCAAGAACUCGCCCAUGGCCCAGGACUCUGGGAAUGAUGUCAACGCUAGACCAUACAGUCUGGUUCUAUAGCAAUGACUUUGACGUAGGCGACUGGCUACUCUAUGUGGCGAGUAUCUACAGCUCAGUCAAUUGCGUUGCUGCAGGUAACGGUCGAGCAGUAGUUUUUGGCCAGGCCGGCAAAUUGGUGGCCGUUUGUACCCAAGAGGGGGUAGUGCGAAUCGCACCCAAGACCCCUGAAGAUGGAGCUCGGAAGCAAAUCAAAUCCAAGUUAUAA